AUGGAAUGUCCGAACAAUGUGGGAGAUCGGGAAGACCAGUCAAAUAGCAACGGGAAUCAGCGAAACCCAUUGGACUCAAGCUGGACAACAAAGGCUAAAUACGGGAGAGAUGCUGCUGUACUCCGGUCACAAAGAGGAAAAUGCUCCACACACUCAGUGAGUUGCUCUAAUGCUGCCAAAGUAGCACGAAAUGCACUUGUAAGAUGGGAAUCUCACAGAAUCAUCAAAGCAUCAUUCAAAACAAAGAAGGAGGGGAUCACAAUGAAUAUUAUCCAAUGUUGUGCACUCACCAAUGAUAGCAACGACGACAUCAAAGAUUAA